CGGUAUACUGGCCGCUCAUAAACCCAACUCGUUCGAUUUUUUUGGUUGAUGGGGAAAAUCAAGUCAACUUGUUCGUUGUUUGUACACUCUGAUUUCAUCGACUUUUUCAUGAACUCAAAUUAUGAAAAGCCAAAAGAUUUGAAGUUUGAUGAUUUGGUAGUAGAUAUUUGCUUCCAUCCAAAUCGUGAGGUUAUUGCUGCAGGACACAUUGGAGGAAAUGUGACGAUACACACAUAUUCCACCACAGGGGAAAAUAAUGAACUGAUGAACCUGGAACACCACAAAAAAGCCUGCAGAGCUCUGAAAUUUUCCAGUGAUGGCAUCCAUCUCUAUACAGCAUCUAAAGACAAAUCCAUCCAAGUGAUAGACCUCAACACAGGAUCUGUCAAACAAAAACUCAAAGGAGCACACAGUUCAGCCAUAUAUUGUCUACAAGUAACUGGUGAAAACUUCCUUGCUUCUGGGGAUGAUGAUGGCUGUUUGAAGCUUUGGGAUUUAAGGACCAAGACGGCAGUGAUGGAUAUGAAAGAAAACGAGGACUAUAUCAGUGACUUAGCUGUAGAUGACCAACAGAAAUUCCUACUGGCUACAAGUGGAGAUGGAACACUGACAGCAUUCAACAUAAGACAGAAAAGAAUGGAACUUCAGUCCGAGUUGUUUGACUCUGAGCUACUGUCAUUGUCAAUUUUAAAAGGGAACCAGAAGGUCUUGUGUGGUACCUCAGAGGGGGUCAUCAACAUCUUUAAUUGGGGAGAGUGGGGAAAUAUCAGUGACCGAUUUCCAGGCCACCCUCUGUCAAUCGACUGUAUGGUGCCAAUCACCAGAGAUAUUGUGUGCACAGGCUCCAGUGAUGGCAUUGUCAGAGCUGUUCAUAUCCUGCCAAACAGAUUUAUGGGUGUGGUUGGAGAACAUGAUGAAUUCCCAGUUGAAAACCUAAGUCUCUCACAUGACAGAAAAUUGCUAGCAAGUUGUUCACAUGACCAGACUGUAAAAUUCUGGAAGGUUGAUAACCUUAAAAAAGAAAAAGUGAAUACAAAAAAGAAAGCCAAAAAGACUAACAAACCCAAGCACCUGGCUCCAAAGGAUGAAUUUUUUGCUGGCCUGGCAGAAGGUGAACCUUCAUCAAAAACUGAAAAGAAUGAUGAAGAUGAUGACAAUGAUGAUAGUGAUGAUGAUAGUGAUGAUGAUGAAUAAAUCAAUUGUUGUAAGAUGAAUUUGUCAGUUUCUGUUCAUGGUAUAUUAAAGAUAUUCCGAUUUUCUGAAACGGCCAACUGCAAACAAUAUAUUCCGCACUGGCUAAUUUGGGUCAGGAAAACUUGAAUAAUGAAGGCCCUUGCCCCUUUGUAUGCAGGAUACUCUCCAUAUUCUGUUUUUAAAGAUCUGUGAGCAGACUGUGUUUUUUGUUCGCUGGCUCUUCUUAUACUCUUCAUAUACAAAUGCCAGUAAUAAAGCACAUUAAAUACAA